AUGUAUGCUUGCUUCAAACAACUUCAUCCUCCAACAGCAGUUUCUUUUUGUUUGAGUGCUCGAUUUACAUCACCCAACGAUGAAAAUUUGAUCAUAGCAAAAAACCAUGUGAUGGAAGUAUAUUCCGUUAACAAGAAAGAUAACAGUGUUGUUCUUGUUCGCGCAUUUGAAUUAUUCGGAGUGAUUGAUUCCAUCGUUGCGGUAACCCUUCAGGGAAUGAAAAAGAAUAUUUUGAUCAUCAACUUUGAAGAUGAAGCAAAGGCUUCUGUAGUGGAGUUUGAUGAAAAGAAGAAUGAUUUGAGAACACUGUCUCUUCAUUAUUUCGAAGAUGACUUUUUGAAGGAAGGUAGAGCCAAGUUUUUCCAUAAUCAACCUAUAAUUUUAGAUCCACACAACAGAUUCGCAACAAUUAUUGUUUGUGAUUCCAAGUUAGUGAUUUUACCCUUCAAGCAGGUCGGAGAAGAUGCAUCCCUUUCCACGGAUGAUACUUUUCUGAUGGCUUUAUCUGAUAAAAGCAUGGAUGAUAUGGCGACGAGGCUUCGGAAAUCAGUGGAGCGAAUACUCCUUCAACUAAGCGAAGUGCAGCCGAAGUUCAAAGACAAUUCCGACUUAUCUAUUAACUUUAAACAAUUUGACGGUCCUCCAUUGUUUUUUGAUACAGUGGCUUAUGCAUUUGUAUCACCUGAUAAGGUUUUGGUAUCUAUGAAAGAAGGAGAUUUAUAUACCAUAUAUUUAGAUGGAGGAGGAAGUCGAAUUAAUAACAUCACUCUGAAAAAAACGAAAACAACCACUCCUGCCUCUUGCAUGUGUACUCUUUCUGGAAAUUUAUUAUUUUUGGGAUCUAGGCUUGGUGACUCUGUGCUGUAUGAAUACUCAGAAAUUAAGGAACUAGAAGAAGAAAACACAACAACGAAUGGAACCAUGGAUGAUGAAGCUGCCAAUCUUUUCAAUAGCUCUACCGGUUUUGAACCUGAGAAAAAGAAAAGAAAGGUAACAACUGCUGAUGAUUUUUUGGCAGCUUUAGAACAAGAUGAUGCUAGUUCUUCAGCUUUUUUGCUCAAAUCGUCCAAGAAAGAAAUGACAACCAUUGAUCUCAAAAUUAGAAACUUAUUUACUAAUAUUGGGCCAAUUUCACAUUUAACAAUCGCUGAUACAUCUGUUGAUAUCUCAGGGUUUAAAUCCCGAGCUAAUGAUAACAACCUUUCAGUCAUAGCAUGCUCUGGUACUGGAAGACAUGGUCGGUUGACAGUUCUCAAUAGGAGUGUGCAACCAGAUGCACAGAAUACUGCAAAACUACCUUUCGCGGUUAAGCAAAUGUGGACUGUUGCAGGUGGAGAUUCUAUUCACGAUUCAUACGUUAUAUUGAGCCUUGAGGACAAAACAAAGGUCCUAGAAUCAAAAACAUCAUUGGAUGAGGUCACAUCUAAAUCAACAUUUGUUACUAAUGAUACUACUAUUAACAUUGGAAAGCUAAAAAAUCAUGUAGUACAGGUUACCAGCGAUUCAGUCAUAUUUUUAGAUAGAAUCACCCUGAAAAGAACAAAUGAACACAGAUCCUCGUUGAAGAUUAGAGCAUCUUUCAUUUUGGACCCUUAUAUAUUGCUUCAUUUGAAAGAUGGUACUCUCCAAUUACUCACAAUGAGUAGUACAUCUCUCAAGUCAGAGCCUCUUAGAUUGUCUGAUCCAAAGCAUGGAAAAAUUACUGCUGUAACCUUUUACAAAGCAUUACCGGAGCUUGGAUUUCUUUCUUCCAGCCAAGAGAGUUUAUAUUUAUGUUGUAUUUAUUUAACUGACGGUACUUUUGAAAUUUAUACCAUUCCUCAGAAAACUUGUGUGUUUUCAUUCUCUCAAUUUUACCAAUUUCACAGUACUGUGUUUGAUGAAGGAGCAAGGGAUCCAUCGACAUUAACAGAGACAGAAGUGAAAUACCCCUACGUGUCUCAAAUGUUGCUAAGAGGAGUUGGUUCAGAAUCAGAAAUGCCUUACCUUAUUACCAUUCUAAGUGAUAACACUGUUCACAUUUACAAAUCAUUCUUGGAUAGAUCCACCAAAACCAAGGACACUAGAUUGAAUAGAUUAAGAUUUUCUAAAACACAGCACGAUGAUUUUCUCCCCUCAGACUUGGCUAAAAAGAAUGAAGAGUUGAGACUCGAGCUUAGAAAUGAAAAGAAUAUUUUCUCAAAGGCCGACAAUGCGAGAUCGAGACUGAUUCCGUUUAACAACAUUGGUGGUUAUAGAGGCAUAUUUUUUACGGGUGAAAGACCUCUAUGGUUCUUUACUGAAUAUUCUAACUUGCGAAUUCAUCCUCAACAAAAACGAGAGAGUAUUUCAGGUUUUACUCCAUACCACCAUCGAGACUGUCCUCAUGGUUUUAUUUAUUUCGUGGAAAACGAAAAUAAGUUUACAAUUCUUUCAUUGAGUUCAAAAUCAGUGUUCAAUUCAUACUGGCCCCAUAGAAAGGUUUUGUUAAAGAGUACACCUAACUUAAUCACUUAUCACCAAGAAACAAACACAUGCUUAGUAUUUACAUCUGUGCCAAUGAAAGCAAUACUUCCAGAAGAUCGACCAUUACCAUCAGGUAGAUAUCCACCAGCAGUUGAACAAAAACACACAGUUCGUUUAUUUUCUGGAAAUGAUUGGGAAGAAAUGGACAACUAUGACUUUGAGCUUCACGAGUCUGUACUAGCUGCUAAAGUUGUUUCAUUAUCGAAAGAAGAAUACAACGAUGACACUGAUAUUUCGUUUGAGGAACCUUUGAACAGUAGAAACCAAGAUUUAGUAACCAUGGUGGCUGUAGGUACAGCAUAUGUUCAAAGCGAAAGAGAAUUAUGUAGAGGAAGAUUACUUUUAUUUGACUUGGAACCAAUUUUAGGUUCAAAUCGAUUCAAAAUCAAUUUAAUGUCUUCUACAUCGGUGAAAGGCCCUAUUACAAGAGUAGAGCAAGUUGAUAGAUAUCUCGUUUGUAGUGUUGGAAAUCGUAUAUACACUUAUUACUUUGACUGGAACGAAAAGAGAAUGCAUAUUACCUCGUUCUAUGAUACACAAUUUUAUACAAGCUCGUUGAAUUGCAUUAGGAAUUUUAUUUUAUAUGGAGAUAUAUAUAAGAGCGUGACAUUUUUACGUUGGAGAGAGAAAGGUCACCGUUUGAUUCCUAUGGCCAAAGACAAUAGACCUCUGCAAGUCAUUACCUCUGAAUUUUUGGUGAACGACCAAUUGCUUGGUAUGGCAGUUGUUGAUGCGAAUAAGAACUUGCAGGUAUUUCAAUAUUUACCUCAACACCAGGAAAGUAACGAUGGUAGAAACUUGGUUCCUGUCUGUGAUUUCCACAUCGGAACGCUUAUCACCACUGUUUUGAGAAUGAAAAUGAGAGAUAUUCCAGACGAAAUUACGAUCGCAAUUGGAAAUCCAGCAUCAACAACGACCAUUCCAACCACAACAGAUAAGAAACAACCAAGCUUACAAAAACGAGACACAUCGAAAACAAACCCAAAUUUUCAGUUUAUAUUAUUUGGAAGUAUUGAUGGUAGUAUUGGAUAUGUUGCUCCAAUUAAUGAGCUCACUCAUCGAAGACUCUAUGCAUUACAAUUGAAAAUGUACACCCAAUUAGAGCAUAGCGCAGGAUUGCAUCCAAAAGCUUUCCGCUUAUAUAAGCCUCUCGAACGAACAGAGUAUAACUACAAGAAGAAUAUUAUUGACGGUCAGCUAAUUUGGAUGUAUGCUCACCUUAACACAAUUUCCCAGAGAGAUUUGGCUCGUCAGAUUGGUACAAAUGCUGAAAAUAUUUUAAGGAAUAUUCAAGAACUCAAUCAAGGAACAUAUUUCUUUUAG